UCUGAUUCAUCCCGCCCAUUUUCGGUUGGUGGUGACGUAGUGAAAGGGGGCGGGCCGAAUGUGACCGUUGAGUUUGACAGGACAGAAGGGACUCGCCACCAACAGGCUGUUGGCUGCCGCUGGGAUUUUUGGGGGAACGGGCGAAAUUGUGUUCAGAACAAAUGUCUUUUAAAGCUAUGAGGAGGAGAAACAGCAGCAACGCCGGCAGGAGAAGCUCAACGAUAAGGAGGCGUUUUGAUGAAUUCGGCUUCGCUCUUACUAAACGAAGGGACCAAAAAGUCCAUCACCGAAGUCAUGAUUACAGCUUCCCCCAGCUGAGCUCAGUGAGGGUCAAAGAGCUGUGUGAGCUGCUCAGCUACUGGAAUGGAGCCAGCUUCAUCUGCAAGAGCCAGAUCGAGCGAUUCAUCAGGAUGGGUAUUCCUCCCAGUCUGCGAGGCAGAGUGUGGAAGUGUCUCCUUGCCAUCGACAGUCUGAGAGAAACCAGUGACUUUAACUAUCAGAAGUGUCUGCUAGAAGUGCGAGGGCCCCUGGUGGACUUGGGAGUCAGCGAGUACGGCAUCCUGUCGGCAAUCGCCACACUGAGCGACACCCAAAACCAUUUGGGUUUGAACCAUCAGCUGCCCUCCAGCUGCCCCGAGCCCAGAUACUCUGUGGAUGACAUCACGCUCUUCAGACAGAUUGCCCUCGACCUACAACGUUCCUUUCCGACCCACCGCUCUCUGAUGGGGGACAGCCCAGAAGCCAUUGAGGGUCAGGCUAAACUCUUCAGGGUCCUCAUCGCUUACGCCAAGUACAGCCCACAGGUUGGAUACAGCCAAGGGAUGUCCUACUUAGCUGCAGUGCUACUGAUGCAGUUGGGAGAGGAGGAGGCAUUCUGGGCUCUUACCGCCUUGCUGGAUAAACCCAAAUAUCUAACCGAGCUGUUUGACCUCAGCCUCACCAAGGUCCAGCAUCAGGUGAAGGUGUUUGACCAGUUCCUGAAACACAGGAAGCCACAGCUCUCUCAGCACAUGGAGUCAGUGGGAAUCUUGUCAGUCCACUUUGUGAUGCCAUGGUUCCUCACUCUCUUCACUUCCCUACCCUGCUGGGACUCAGUCCUGGCUGUCUGGGAUCUCAUCAUUCUGCACGGCCUGUCAGCUGUGUUCCGUACUGCCCUGACCAUCGUCGAGCUCCUGGAGCCUCGACUGAUGGAGCUGAAUGACGAGGGAGCGAUGUUACCCCUGCUGCUGAGAGUACCUGUUGAUGUAGCCCAGUACGCCGUCUUGGUCCCUGCCCUGUGGAAUACUGAGGUCCAGGACUGGGAGCUCAAAUGUAUGAACAGUCUGGUGUUGGAAGAGAGCCACCAUGAACCAGAUCCGUGUCAAAAAACGAAGGCCACACUACCAAUGAAAGUCAAUGGAGGUAAAGAGAAAGAAAAUGUACCAACACCUCCAGAAGGGAAAAGACCACUGAGAAAGGUGAAAUCUGUUACUGGCACUAAAAGUGUACUGAACCGGGCGAUGUGCCUGGCCCAGCGUUACCUGUUGGACCCAAUCGGUAGAAAGAGGGCUGAGGCGAAGGGUUCUCAAACACAAGCCAAGCCCAGGCAACGCAGUCCUGCACCAGGACGAGUGUUCCGGAUUCGGACCUCGGCUUCACUAACUCAAGCUCAGGUCAGAUCCCGGAGGCGGAGCCAGCAGAGAGGCGGGGCUCAGCAGCCGGUGGUGCAGGGGAGUGACGGCGCUGUUGCGGUGACAGAUACAGCUGGGAGAAGUGACAGAUCGGAGCCAACCCUCAAGAGGACGGGCACAGGACCUUUUGGCAAGGCGGCCGGUCGCCGUAGCAACCACAGCCUCGUCCAGCCUGUCAGAAUCAAGUCUCUCCGUCUUCUACGAAACGGCAAAAACCCGCAGAGCCAGGCCCCACACCCCUCUUCUGUCCUCCCGCCGUCCCUCCGUUCCUCGACCCUCCGUCCAUGUUCCUCUGUCAUCCCACCUCCGAGUCCUCCGUCGUCCAGCGCUCCCCGAAGCGGGGAGCAGCAAGAUACGCCCAGGACAGCUCUCAUCAAGGAGUUGUCUUCCCGACAUCAGACCAGCUGCCCGUUCCGGAACGCCAGAGAGUCUAAGCUGAUCUGACGCUGCAGAAGGGAGACGCACACGCUGGAACUGAAGACGUGCUACAUUAGUUAGCAAUAGUUAGUUAUGUAAAUCAGGUGACAAAAUAACGAAGUAACUAACUCAAAUAAGGACCCGAUUAAAGUUCUCCAGGUGUCAUAUGGUGACUCCUGUACAGGGUCCAUACCAGCAUGAAUCCAUAUGAAGAUCUGCUCAGGUCCUGUAGAGUAUUAAGCUAGUGUAUCUUUAUACUUGCAGUGUGCAUGUAGCCCAGAUCUUUUUUUAAUACUACCUUGCGCUGGUGCUGUUUAUUUUUCCAGUUGAACCAUAAUGACUCUGUUUUAAAUUGUCUUGCACAGU